CGCAAACUUCUGGGGUUUCAGCGAAAGGAGAGGGCGGGGAGAAAUAUUAUGGUCAAGUAGAAGAGAUUAUUGAGUUAUUUUACCCACUUGGGUAUUCAACUGUACUUUUCUGGUGCAAGUGGUUCGAUACUCAUAGGGGUGUUACAUAUGACAACAAUAUAACGAGUAUCAACACACAAUACGAAUGGUACAAAGAAGAUCAACUCAUAUUUGCUUCGCAAGCCAAACAAGUGUUCUACAUCCGAGAACCUUCUCAAGGUAACCAAAACAAUAACCAUCGGUGGGCCGUUGAGAAUGUUAAUCAUCGAAAAGUUUGGGAUCUACCUUCAUUACUCGAUGGCCGUAACAAGAAUGUUCAAACAGUUGACAAUGGCUUAGACUUAGCCGAAGAUCUUGAUGUCGUUCACAACAACUCUUCAUCUAAUAGUGUACUAGUUAUUGACUUUGUGAAAUACUUUCAAAACAAGUCUAUUCAUGUUACUGAGGGUGAGACUUCAACUGAAGUUAAUCCUCCAACAGUACCCGUAGAUGAAUUGUCUGAGGCCGAGACAAAUUACGGGGAUGACGAUCCUGAUUAUCACACAGAUGGUCAUGAGAUAGACACCGAAGAUUCCGAGGGAGAGUUUGAUUAAAAAAACUUGUAAUUUCUAUUUGUAUUUGACCGUAGGAAACUAUAUGUAUUUUCUUGUUGCAAUAUAAAACAUUAUUUAUAUAGGUAUGUAUCUAUUCUAUAUCUUGUAACUUUUUAGGAAAUGAUUUCAAUGUGAGUUUUGUAGUUAUAUAUCAUGGCUGAUGUAAUGCCACGAGGCCAUGGCGGUGAUGGUGCGGAUGAGCCACCUCCCGGGGGUUUUGGGCGAAGAGGUCAUCACGAGGAGGACCUUGUCCCAAAGCAGAAAGGGGAAAAGCAAAAAACAAAAAACUUUUGCAGGCGAAUAAGAUGGGAGGGCUUGUUUCAAUCCCUUUUGAUAGACUCACGACAUAUACCCUGGUUGGUGACGCUUGUGAUAUGUUCGGUCGAGAGGUGGGGAUUUAUAUGUGGGAAAACCUUGCAUUUGAUAAGUACUCUUACGCUAAUGUUUCUGCAGCUGAAAAGAAUGCUAUGGAACAACAUCUCAGACGGCGCUUCAAUUUUGAGGAAAUUGAGCGGGAUUGCGAACGUCGUCAGCUUAAGGGUGGCAUCCGGUCGGUCUACAUGAAGCGAUACAGAGACCGGAAGAAUAUGGCAAAAAAGGAGUUUGUAGAAUUAGGAAAGCGACAUGAUAAUUUAGAGACAAUAAGGGACAGUCCCCCCACGGGUAUGGGUGUGAAAAAUUGGAGGAAGACUAUAGACCUUUUCGGUGAUCCGAAAUAUAUAAAAAGGUGUGAAGUUAACAAAAAAAAUCGUGAAAAGCAACAGUUCGCAAACCGCAGGGGGUCGGCAUCAUAUAGCAGCUGGUCUUUUAAAAAGAAUGUUGAAGCUUUGGAAACGUACGCUCAUGCUCAUACUCUACCCGAUGGGACCUUUGCCAGCCCGUUGGAAGAGGAGAAUUUUAACCUAUUAAAGGAAGAAUUUGAAAGACAAAGGACCCAAAAUAACCCAUUCUUGGAAGAUGAGGGUGAACUCGGUGAAAGUAGUGCGCCUGCCAUUAGUAAUGUUCAAGUUUUUGAAAAGGUGCUUGGUGCUCGGCGCGGAAUUUAUAGGGGACUCGGGCGUAAACCUUCUUUAUCUUCAGCUUCGAGUGACGUGAGUCCUCAUGAGAAGGAGAAGACACGUCCACAAUUUUCAGAGGCAUAUUUUGACGAAUUGUUUGAAGACCCGAGAUUUAUGGAACGACUGUACCAAGCUAUGGAUAAGAAGGAAUCAAGAAAAGGCAACGAAAAUGACACGGAUGAGGAGGGAGAAUGAUGUAUUUUGUAUUGAACUUAGGGGUUUCAAAACUUUAACUUAAUCAAACAAAAUACUUUGUUGUAGUUUUAUGUUUAAAACUUGGU